GUAUUAGUGAAAGGUUGUGGGAAUAUAAUUGAAAAGAAACUGUACAGUACCAUCAGCCACAAUAGAGGACACGUGACUCUUGGAAGAGGGUAGAGUUGGAGGGCAGCAACAACCGCAUCCUCAAGAUCUCGUCAAGAAAAUGGCACGAAGCAACAUCCGCCAAGGCCUGAACAAGGGCUACCCCACCACCGCGAUUCCUAAGACUACGCGCCCCAGCCACCGCAAGGGCAUUCAAUCAACCAAAAACAAGUUCGUGCGGUCUGUUGUGCGGGAAGUGUCUGGAUUUGCUCCGUAUGAGCGCCGGGUACUGGAGUUGUUGAGAAACGCCAAGGAUAAGAAAGCAAGAAAAUUGACGAAGAAACGGCUUGGUACACUUCUCCGCGCAAAGCGCAAACUGGAGGAGCUCGGUAACAUUAUCCAGGAGAGCAGGAGAGCGCAUUGAGAGUAUUUUGGUAUGAUACUGGGACUACAGACGAAGAGGUGCCUCUUACAAUUUCAUGUUAUGCUAUGCAUCCACUAUGCACCCACUACGCUGUGCCCGUGUAAAAGAGGCGACGCUACAUCUCACUCACUGAACACCAUGACAAAACGCAUCCUCUUUGUUUUUACGUCUGCGAAUCGCACGUUGACAGGUGC